AUGUCGCAGUUUACACAACAGUCACGAACAAUGUCACCAUGUCAAACAACAUCUUUAAUUGCCCAACCUUCAUCUUCAUCAACUUCUCCUUCUUCUUCUUCCUCUUCUUCUUCUUCUUCAUCCUUAUCGUCAUCACCAUAUCCUCUUGCGUUAUGUUCACAACCAUCAUGCACUUCACCAUAUUCUUCACCUUUACCAAUAUCAUUAUCACCACCACUAUCAACGUUUCCUUGCGUACUUUGUGAAUUAAGCAAAGAUGAAAAUGCAUUUAUACCAGCUGAUUGUAUUUCGUACAAUUAUGAAACACUUCAAGAACUUCGCGAACAUUUAGUUAAUUGUCACGCUAAAUUUGUUUCACGAGCUUUAUUAUCGCCCGAUCUAUGUGAUCAAACGUAUUAUUGGCUUUUAAGUAAUGUUGAAUAUACUAGUUAUGGCGUUAAAAUGGAAUAUCCAUCUUAUGAAAAUAUUGGCCGAAUUUUAAAUGAAGUAUAUUCGAGCGUUAUGGAAGGAGAUCUGUCGUUUUUCUCAUCAUUUGGCGCAUUUCCUUCAUCAGAAACCGAUGUCCAUGAAAACUCGAACUCGAAAAUUUCAUCGAAAAAGCGUAAAAGGAAGCCAUUACGUAUCGGUGACUUCGCGAAUCAUCUCCAAUCUAUUGAAACUCAAAACGAUACAAUUCCGAAUGGUGUUUGUAAUUCCGAAUCAAAUGACGAUUCGAUUGAUAUACCAGUUUUUACGAAUGCUUCAAAAGCUGUAAGAAAAUCAAAAUGUCAGAUUUGUCAAGUGGACAUAUGCACGACUGCUCGUCAACGCCACGUCUACCAAGUUCAUCUUCGGGUUGCCGAUCUAUUUCAGUGUAGUGCUUGUAGCUAUACGAAUAAUAAUUCGGUAUGGGAGAUGCGUAAACAUUGCGUUGCCGUUCAUCAUGGUCAGGCUAAGUCGAUUUCGAAUGAAGAGCAUCACAUAGAAAAGAUUCAAAAUAAUAACUUCUUUCAUUUAAUUAAUAAACAUCGAUUAUCCGGCUUUCAGGCUUUAAAUCUAAAAUGUUUUCCCGACUGGAAAUUAAAAAAGACAGCAAAUUGGUGGCGCUACAAUGGUGAAGCACUUUUAAGAAAUCAAAAGAAUUCGAAUUCGAAUGGUGAUAUGUUAAGUCUUUUGGAUGAUAAUGGAGAAAAUGAUGAUGAUCAAAGCGUGUGCAGUAACGAAGAUAUUGUUCGAAGUCCACCGGAAGGAGUGAUCGUUGAUGAUCGAACGGAGGAAUCACGAUAUCCGGGUCGACAUAUAGCGCAAAAGCACUUAAAAAAACCACUCUACGAAUGCCCAGUAUGCGAAGGUUUCGGAAGUUAUGAGAGUUGCACCGUAGUCAAACAUAUUAGUAAAGUUCAUCCUCUCGAUACCGCAAUUCCGCCUAUUUCGAAUUUGGAACGAUUUGCCGAUGAAAUACGAGACUUACAAGCUUUGUGCUUUCCAAAUAGACCUAUGAAACUCGUACGACCACACAUUGGUGGUCGACCUCGAGAGCGUCAUAAAUGUCAACUUUGCAAACUUAAGGUGGCUCAGUCCGAUCGUCAAAGGCAUGUAUAUCACAGGCAUUUGAAAAAAGAACGCAUAUUUGAAUGUCCCAUGUGCAGUUUUUCAUCAAAUUAUGAUGUGCAUCGAGUAAAAUGGCAUAUAAAAUGGAAUCAUCGUGAAAAUGCUAAUGAUGAACCGAUUUCUCAUGAAAAUGAACACAGGUUAGAAAUCGAUCGUUUAAAUGAACAGUGUUUUCCUGGCUGGCAGCAUCGUCGACGACCAUUUUGGUGGCUAGAAAUUGAUGAGGCCGAUAAAAAAAUAGAAGAGCUGUGUAAGAAAGAAUUUAAGCCAUCAUCGAAUUUUCUUCGUCAUGUCGCAAAAGAUCAUCUAAACAUUCCACUUUAUCAAUGUCCAAUAUGUGAAGGUCAUGGCGGUCAGGAUGCAUAUGAGGUACGCUCACAUAUGCUCAAGGUUCAUGGCGGAAUCACUGUAGAGCCAGUUUCUAAUUUGGAGCAGAAUGCUGCCGAAAUUCAAACCGUUUAUCAACAGUGUUUUCCUGGUCGUCGACUCAAGAAUUUAUCAUCGGAGAAGAAAAUAUCGCAAGAAGUAAAGUUAUCAGAGGAAACAAAAGUUCAAUGUCGUGAAUGCUCUCAAGAAAUGAAGACUGAAGAUAGACAAAUCCAUGUCUAUCGUCACCAUUUGAAGCAAUCUCGACUCUAUGAAUGUCCUUUAUGCGAUUUUUCACAUCAUGCAUGUUCAUCGGAUGUAAAAGCACAUAUUAAAUAUGCCCAUAGAGAAAACUCAGAUGUCACACCGAAAUCCAACCUGUUGAAAUAUUGCAAGGAAAUUUCUGAAUGGAAUUUGCGUUGCUUUCCAGGCUGGAUAAAUCGCCGCCUACCAACUGCUGUUUUAGAAGACUUCAAUAGAUGUCGUAUUUGCGAUGUGGAAGUUCGUCAAACUUCAAGACAUAUCGCUGAAAUUCACCUAAAAAUGUCUUUACAUGAAUGUCCUUUAUGUAAUUAUGGCGGAGCAGAGAGUCGCCUCGUUCGAAGGCAUAUGAAAAACAAUCAUAAAAAAAAGGAAAUUAAAGGUCUCGAACCAAUUGCGAACGUUGUUGUACAUCGUGCAGCUUUCUCAGAAAUGCAUGAUAAAUGCUUUCCUGGCCGACCGAAACGCCUUUCAAAUAUAACAAUUUCUGAUGAAGGGAGACGUGCGAAAUGUCGUCAAUGCGGUGCCACUAUAAGUCGUAAGCGUCGUCUAGUUCAUCUUCUGGAACGACAUUUAAAGCAACCUAUUUAUAGGUGCUCAUUGUGUGAUUUUAAUUCAACACACGAUGAAGGAGUGGUACUAAUUCAUAUUAAAACAGUUCACGAUAAUUGUGCUGAAGUAAUUAAUGAUCUUCAGAACUAUAAAUCACAAGUUGAACCAAUGUCCACCAGUUGUUUUCUCGAUUGGCAUUUGCGUAUUUCUUUCUUUAAUUAUAAAUUAUAG